ACAAACUGCGAGUUGAGUUUUGGCCACUCAAACAUGGAAAAGUUGAACUGACAGCGCAUAACUAACUCGGCACUCUGAAUUGGACGAUAGGUAGGCUAGGCCUAUCAUACCGCUACCGGGGAAUUGUUUUUGUGGAGAGAUCGAUUUUGGGAAUCAGUGUCUACGUGCGCAACUGAAGUUUUAUUUUAUUUGUUUUGAUUUAGACUGCUGUGCAAUAUUAUGAUUUUUAGUGUUUGACGUUUGCUCUGGGAGUCAAAGGAGUGCUGAACAUUAAUAAUUUAACCAAAUGGAUUAUGUUCAUUUGGCGCAAAAGCCCUUAUAAGAAGUUGUUUUGUUGUAAUGUUCUGGAUAUGUUUUCGCAGUAUACCUUGCUAAGUGAGUGAUGAUUGAUUUGGAUAUGUCAGCACCGCUGAGCGCUCAUCCACACACUCCAUCAUUCCUGGACUGAGGAAAGUAAGAAACCACCUGUUGUGAAUGCUUUCUGGAACUUACCACGGAUCUACGGCGGCUGCUAAAACAAGACAUUGGAAAGUUGCGCGCAGUACGUACAGAGACAUGUAAACCCGUUAAUGAUGUUGCCAUGGUGGCGCGGGUUAGGAUGAGGAGUCCUGUUUUGGCCACCGGUUGCUGUUGCGCUCAGAAUGGCUCGCGAGGACGCGGUGAGGUGCCUGCGCUGCCUGCUCUACGCUAUCAAUUUACUCUUCUGGCUCAUGUCGAUAUGUGUCCUGGGGGUGGCUGCUUGGCUCAGGGACUACCUGAACACUGUACUCACCUUGGCGGCCCACACCAGGCUGGAGGAAGCAGCAGUUCUCACUUAUUCUCCGGCUGUCCAUCCCGUCAUCAUUGCAGUGUGUUGUUUUCUUAUCAUUGUGGCCAUGGUGGGCUACUGCGGCACACUGAAAUGCAACCUUCUACUCCUGUCCUGGUACUUUGGCAGUCUGUUGGUGAUCUUCUGUGUAGAGUUGGCCAGUGGGGUGUGGACGUAUGAUGAGCCCUCAGUUCAGAGGUCAGAUAUGAUCAGUCUGAAGUCCAGGAUGCCCAACUAUGGCCUGCAGCGUUACCAGUGGCUAACACACACCUGGAACACCUUCCAGACUGAGUUUAAGUGCUGCGGGGUCAUCUACUUCACGGAUUGGCUGGAGAUGACAGAGAUGGAAUGGCCACCAGACUCCUGCUGCUCCAAUCAGUAUCCAGGAUGUGCUCGCCACGCCCAUUACCGUGACCUCAGUGACCUUCACCAAGAGGGCUGCGGGCCGAAGAUCUACAGUUUCAUCCGGGGGACUAAGCAACUGCAGGUGCUGCGGUUCCUGGGUGUGUCUAUAGGAGUGGCCCAGAUUCUGGCCAUGACCCUGACCCUAACCCUGCUCUGGGCCCUCUACUACGACCGCAAGCCCCCUGAGCCCACCCCGCCCGAACCCCCCACAGGAACCGACCCUGGACCUCUAACCAUCACCCACCCACCCCAAGGGGAGGCUCCUAAAUCGGGUAACACUCGCCCGGCUGAGGCCUGGUCCAAUACUGCGACCACAUCUAACGGACAUGGACACACCCAGUUUGAGAUGGAGACACUGUCCUAGCGGGGGGGGGGGGUACACUGUCCACCCAUCUGCCCCUCACCACCGCUCACCCCUACUUCACAGACACUGGAAGAGGGAAGGAAUAAGGGGAUGAGAAGAAAGUGUGAGACUGGAUAGGGGGAGAGAGGGGGAAGAGAAAAACGAGGGUAGGAGAUUGGGCACAGUUGCAGGAGAGUGAAUACCCCCUCUCUCUUUCCCGUUGGACAACAUGACAAUGACAUACUGGAGUGUGGGACUUUGCAGGACUAUUUUGUCACAGCUGGGAUUGGAAAUUGUCAGAGAAACGAAAUAACUAUAAGCCGAGGCUUGCUCCUUUAGUGUCACCACUAUCCAGUAGUGAGGAGGGCAGGGAAUCGUUGUAGUUUUCCCAACUUCCCCCUCCUCGUUGGGAAUGUUUGGGAAUAUCACCACUAGCACUGUCUGGAUGAAACCUUUUCAGGAAAGACUGCUGUAAGGACAUGUCAACUCUUCAUCUCCCUCAAAACACACCGAACCAAGGAAAUGGAGUUUAUCUGGAUAUUUGGAAAUAUCAUAUGUCUUAAUUUGACAGACCUGUUGGAAUCCACAGGAACCACUCAGCCAUAUUCAUGAGUGUUUGUGCAGCAGUCAGAGUGUAUUAUCGUUGUCUACUAUAAACGGAACAUGAUGUUGGCUAUUUAUCUCUGGCUCUGUGAGAAUAAUGCAUUUCAGCUCAAACAAUAAUCUGUGCAUUUAAUCAUUUCAGAGGGGUUGUGAAAUAUACUGUGUGUUUGCCAAGGAAUAAUAACACAAUCAAGUGUUUGUUCUCUGAUACAGAUCACUGUCAGCAUGACACUCUUAGGGAUGAAAAAUAAAAUGUUCUUUCAUCACCACACAAAACAAAUCAAAUGUAUUUAUAAAGCCCUUUGUACAUCAGUUGAUAUGUCAACGUGCUGUACAGAAACCCAGCCUAAAACCCCAAACAGCAAGCAAUGCAGGUG